AUGGCGGACAAUUCAACGGUCGAAGAGACAAAACAGACAUUUAUCCAGCGCUUCCGGGCCUGGGGUGAAAACUCGUUCCCACCCACGUUGCUUGCCUCCCUGAUCACAGCCCAGCACAUGCGCCCCUUCCAGUUCUUUCCAAUGCUCUUUCCGCCUGUACUGAUCUUCUCCAGCUAUGCCAACCUGCAAGGCUUCAAGACAGACACUGCCGGCAUCAGCGCAGCUUUCUCGGGACUGUAUCUGCUUCUCGCGGCCCGCCGUCGACAGCCAUUUAUGAAGAAACUGGGUGUUCGGGGUGUCGUACGCGGUGCGACUAUGGGUUUGGCUUUGGUCAACAUGGUCGGGGGUGGGUUGGCGUACACUCUAGGUAGGAGGGAGGAGGAAGAGGAUGCGUCAUGA